AUGGAAGCUCGUACAAUGCCGCGUCCGCGCCGGCGGCCAUUGACGAUUGCCGAAAUCGUGGAGCAGGCAGACCAGUUCGACUUUAAUACCAACAUUUCCUUGAAACACUGGGUCGGUGCAGCCGAGACGCUGUACCGGGAGGGCGAGUUCUACAAAGAAGAAGGCAAUUUUGCCAAAGCCUACCUCCUCCUGCUACGCCACUGCUCUCUUGUGCUCAAAAAGUUUCCCGAGCACCCAAUGGCCCACACCCGCGACGGUCGCAAGCUGAUCAAGCCCCUACAAGAACGACUGACCCGCAUCAUCUCGGAGCUGGAAGAUCUUAAGAGGCAUAUUAAUGAGGCGUACAACGAAUGGGAAAGACUGGUUAGGACGGGGCAGAUCGAAGACCGGCCCGUCCCUGAUACUAGGUACGACAAGUAUGCCGCCCAGGACCCGGCGCUGUCAUGGAACAACGCCACCCAGGCCCAGUUGUUGGAUGCUGGGAACAACCAGGAGCUGGCUGUGCGGCUUGCCAAAGAUGACUACAUCCGGCGCGACGCGGCUAGGCGUUCGAUUCGUCAGGCCGGAGUGUCGGAAUAUGAGGAGCAAAUCCGCCGCAGCGGAGGCGUCUGGGAGGACUGGGAUGCACGUAGGGGAAUGGGGCCGCGUAAUAUGGUGGACGAUCGCAAUGACAUACAACGGCAGAUUCAGGAGACACGAAGGAGGCUGGAUAGGCCCAACGACCAAGAUUCGGAAGUCGUCGUACGAGAUUUCAGUCGCAAUGACAGUCGGCCACCAAGCGCAGCUUCAAGGUCAUCAUCACGGCCCCCCAUCCCGAACCCAACCUCACAGCACUACAACUACCCUUCAGUCUCCAGACCGAGACCAUUAAACUAUAACUCAUAUGAGGGAGCACCGGCCCCUUCAAGACCGCCAAAGGAGCAAUAUUCGAGUUCUCAACACCGGCCAUUGGAGCCCGUUCCGCCUCCAAUACCACGGAAGGCUCCUGAAGCAGGACGUGCCCCUCCUACGCUUCCGCCCAAGACUCUGGACCAGCCAGAGGAGAGGAACGUUCAAAAUUCGACAUCGUCUGUUGACCGGGCCGUGAAUGAGCUCUCCAAGCGCAAGAACAUAACGUUCCUACCCGCUGGCUAUACAGAAGCCGGGAAACCUCUGAGACCCAUCUUCGUUCCGCGUUACCUGAAGGACAAAUUCCUCGAAAUCGCGGCCCCGAACACUAGGAAAGGACUAGAACUUUGUGGCGUCAUCUGUGGAAGGCCAAUCAAUAAUGCACUCUUUGUAGCCGCUCUUCUCAUACCGAACCAGAUCUGUACUUCAGACACAUGCGAGACGGAGGACGAGUUCCAGAUUUUUGAGUUUUGCGAGAAGGAAAAUAUGAUCAUAAUUGGUUGGAUACAUACUCAUCCGACGCAGACGUGUUUUAUGAGCUCGAGGGACUUGCACACCCACGCGAGCUAUCAAGCCAUUUCACCCGAGGCGGUGGCAAUUGUCUGCGCACCGAAAUACGGCGAAUUUGGUGUGUUCCGCUUGACGGACCCUCCAGGCCUUCCGCACGUGUUGCGAUGUCCCCACACGAAUACGUUUCAUCAGCACGAACUGCCAGAGAGCGAAAUCUACAAGACUGCUCUGCACCCAGUCAGCCAUGUGUACAUGUCGGAUCAAAUAGAUUUUGAUGUGACGGAUCUGCGGCCGAAGUGA